CUUGAUUAACUAAGAAAACUUGGUCGAGUUUGUUUGGUUGAAAAGAUAGAUGUUGGGUUGGUUGGUGUUUUUAUUUGGAUGAACUAAACACAAUGCUUAAAAAGAGUAUUUUACUUGAUUGUAUUAAAUGUUUUAGAGGAAGCAAGAAAUUCAAACUAUAUGUUUUGGAAAAUUUUCUGAUAUUUCAUUAUAUUUUGUAGCCCACAUGUAUGAUUUAUGUGGGAACUUGGGUUAAUUAAAAAAAAAAAAUAAUAAGGAAAGCAAGGUUUUGGAAAGUAUGUAUUUGUUUAUCUUCAAAUUGAAGUAAUUUUAGUUCCAUUUCAGAGUUUUAUCUGCAUGAGCAAGUGGUAAAGAUGGUAACUUUUAGAGAUUUUCUUGCAGGUUUUUGUGGCUUCAAGAUUGAAUGUUCCAGGAGCAUGGCAGAUGCCUCAGAUAUUUCAGCUGAAUUUAAAUGGCUAUGGGAUCUUCAAUCUCAGGGGGGUAUUGAAGAUGGUGAAGAACCCAAAUCAGCAGCCAUUAGAGAACUUCGAGAAGAAACUGGAAUUGUGUCUGCCGAAAUUAUGGCUGAGGUUCCAAAUUGGUUGACUUAUGACUUCCCUCCUGCUGUGAAGGCCAAAGUCAAUCGUCUCUGGGGAGGUGAAUGGCAUGGGCAGGCACAAAAGUGGUUCCUUAUGAGAUUAACAAAAGAUGAGAGUGAGAUCAAUCUAGCUAAUGGUGAAGCAGAGCCAGAAUUUGCUGAAUGGAAAUGGGCAGGCCCAGAAGAAGUUGUUGAGCAGGCGGUGGACUACAAAAGGCCAACGUAUGAGGAAGUUAUGAGAACCUUCGAGCCUUACUUAAGUGGAAAUUCAAUCUCCACAAAAUGUAAAUCAUCUAAAUGGUGAAUGUUGUGGGUGUGUAUCAUUUGGUUCUAAGAGUUCCGUACAUGACUUAAAUUUCCCAUUAAAAUUUGGAUUUAGUAGAAGUUUGCUCUUUGUAAAUGGAAAUGGAAGUAAGAACUGAAAAAUAGAUGGUUGCUUUAUUGUAACAAUAAGAUCUUUGUUGUGAUGUAGUUCUCUUUAGUGGUUUUGAUUAUGAGGAUGCUUUCAGAUGUGUAUAAAAGAAACUGGGGGAAUAGGCUUGAGAGCUUGUUGCAUAGUCUGUAACUAUCACUGUGAAGUUGGUAUAAAUUUUGAAACAUUUGCACAAUAUGAUUUAGAAUAGAAUGUGAAAAG